AUGACGUCAACUUCCGGCAAACCAAAAGGGAAUCCAAAUAUAAAGCCAGUAGCUCUGUGGACGGAGGAGAGACCACCAGCAACGACAACAUUGAGAACACAAACGACGACAUCGAGGAGGCGGAGUUUUGUGGAGGAGGAGAAGAAGAAGAGUAGUGAAGAAGGUGAGACGAUAAAGAUACUGAAGGAGGAAGAAUUAGAGGAAUAUGAACGUAAAAGAAAGAGUUUGAAAAAUUAUUUUGAUGAAGCCAAAAAUAUGGUAAGAUCAGACAGUGGUCCGCCUCGCUGGUUCUCUCCUUUAGAAUGCGAGUCACAUACUUCUGAUUCUCCUGUCCUCUUCUACUUGCCUGGGAUUGACGGUGUGGGACUUGGACUGAUAAGACAGCAUGAACUUCUGGGAAAGAUAUUUGAUGUAUGGUGCUUGCAUAUUCCAGCUAAGGAUCGGACAUCAUUUACAGGAUUGGUGAAGAUGAUAGAAAAAAGUGUAAGGUCAGAGAAUUUUCGGUCACCAAACAAACCAAUAUAUAUAGUGGGGGAUUCUCUUGGAGCGUGCCUUGCACUUGCUGUUGCAGCUCGUAAUCCUGAUCUAGAUCUUGUUCUAAUUUUGGCUAAUCCAGGUACGUCUUUUAGCAAGUCAGUGCUGCAAUCCACAGAACCUUUACUGGUACUCAUGCCAGGCCAAAUAACUCUUACCUUGUCUUAUAUCCUCAGUUUAAUGAAAGGUGAUCCCAUGAAGACGGCAAGGGAUAAUGUGAUGAAAGGCCUUUUUCGCCAAACAAAAAUCGAAGACUUGUCACAGGAUCUUGUUGCAUUGUCAUCUAACCUUCCUUAACAGAUUCUGACGGAUAUCUUACCUAAAGAAACGCUCCUCUGGAAGCUAGAGUUGCUUAAAUCAGCUUCUGCAUAUGCCAAUGCACGUCUUCAAGCUGUAAAAGCUCAAACGCUCAUACUUUGCAGUGGAAGGGAUCAGUUGCUGCCAAGUCAAGAGGAAGGUCAAAGACUUCGCCGUGCACUUCCAAAAUGUCAAACCCGCAGUUUUGAUGACAAUGGACAUUUUCUCUUCUUGGAAAAUGGAGUUGAUUUGGUAACCAUCAUCAAAUCUGCGAGUUACUAUCGCCGUGGAAGAAACGUCGACUAUGUUUCUGAUUACAUGCCACCAACUAUUACAGAAUUUAAUAAAAUAUAUGAACAGAGCAGAUGGUUUACUAGUGUUACUAGCCCUGUCAUGCUCUCAACUUUAGAAGAUGGGAAAAUUGUGAUGGAGCUUUCUGGAAUUCCUGCAGAGGGACCAGUAUUGUUCGUUGGAUAUCACAAUCUAAUAGGAAUAGAAUUGGCUCCAAUGAUACCACAAUUUAUGAUUGAGAGAAACAUUCUUGUUCGAGGAGUAGCACAUCCAAUGAUUUUCUUCAAGUUGAGAGAAGGAAAGUUACCAGAUUUAGGAACAUUUGACAUAUUCAGAGCAAUGGGUGCAGUUCCUGUCUCAGGGAAAAAUCUCUAUAAACUUAUGGCUUCAAAAUCUCAUGCCCUAUUGUAUCCAGGAGGCAUGCGAGAAGCUCUUCAUCGGAAGGGUGAAGAAUACAAGUUAUUCUGGCCAGAAACAUCUGAAUUUGUGAGGAUGGCAACGAGAUUUGGAGCCAAAAUCAUACCAUUUGGUGCUGUUGGCGAAGAUGAUUUUGCUCAAGUAGUUUUUGAUUAUGAUGACCAAAAGAAGAUCCCUUUUUUUCGGUCAGGAAUAGAAGAAAAGACAAACGAGACAGUGAAGUUGAGGAGUGAUACGAUAGGCGAGGUGGCAAACCAGCCAGUCCACAUGCCAUAUUGUAUACCAAAAGUUCCAGGCAGGUUCUAUUAUUAUUUUGGAAAACCAAUUCAAACACAAGGGAGGGAGAGUGAAUUAAGAGACAGGAAGAAGGCUCAGGAAUUGUAUUUAGAAGUGAAAUCAGAAGUUGAGAAAUGUCUUGCUUAUUUAAGGGAGAAAAGAGAAAAAGAUCCUUACAGGAAUAUAUUGGCUCGUUUUAUUCACAAGGCCACUCAUGGCUUUACGUCUGAAGUUCCCACAUUUGAGCUUUGAUUACCAUUUUUCUGAUUCAUCUUGUUUUCUUAAGCCAAUGACUUGAUAUAAAUAAAAACCAAUAUUUU